AACUUCUCCCAUCAAACAAGCUCGCUGUCGCGCCCAAGCCUUCAAGAUGCCGAGCCACAAGACUUUCCGCACCAAGCAGAAGCUUGCCAAAGCUCAGCGCCAGAACCGCCCCAUCCCCCAGUGGAUUCGUCUGCGCACCGGCAACACCAUCAGAUACAACGCUAAGCGACGACACUGGCGCAAGACCCGUCUGGGUAUCUAAACUAGUCCCGGACACCUCCCACCCGGGUCU